GGCGCCAGCGGAGCGGGCACGAAGGACCCCACGCCGCGGGUGCGCCCGAGCCAUUGGGAGCGGUGAAGGCAGGUCUCGGCAUCGACCAGAUGGCCCCUUGGCAGACAUCCUAGCAGGGGCAAGAUGACGCUCCGGCGUGUGCCCCUGUGAGGCCUGCAGCCUGACCAGAGAGCAUGGCCUGCCAGGGGUGGUGAACACCAUGGCUGCAGGUGGUGGCCGGGCCUUCGCUUGGCAGGUGUUCCCCCCCAUGCCCACUUGCCGGGUUUAUGGCACUGUGGUGCACCAGGAUGGGCACCUGCUGGUUUUGGGGGGCUGUGGCCGGGCUGGACUGCCCCUGGACACCACUGAGGCACUGGACAUGGCUUCACACACCUGGCUGGCCCUGGCACCUUUGCCCACUGCCCGGGCUGGUGCUGCCGCCGUGGUGCUUGGCAAGCAGGUGCUAGUGGUGGGUGGCGUGGAUGAGGGCCAGAGCCCGGUGGCUGCUGUGGAAGCCUUUGUGGCUGACGAGGGCCGCUGGGAGCACCGGGCCACCCUCCCUCAGGCAGCUAUGGGGGUUUCGAUUGUGGAGAGAGAUGGUUUGGUAUAUGCUCUGGGGGGAAUGGGUCCUGACACGGCCCCCCAGGCCCAGGUCCGAGUGUAUGAGCCCCGCCGGGACUGCUGGCUUUCUCUGCCUUCCAUGCCCACACCCUGCUACGGGGCCUCCACCUUCCUGCACGGAAGCAAGAUCUAUGUCCUGGGGGGUCGGCAAGGCAAGCUCCCAGUGACUGCUUUGGAGGCCUUUGAUGUAGAGGCCCGCACUUGGACCCGGCACCCAAGCCUGCCCAGCCGCCGGGCUUUUGCUGGCUGUGCCAUGGCUGAAGGCAGUGUCUUUAGUUUGGGGGGCCUCCAGCAACCAGGCCCCCACAAUUUCUACUCACGGCCACAUUUUGUCAACACCGUGGAAGUGUUCGAUCUGGAGCAUGGGUCCUGGACCAAGCUGCCCCGCAGCCUGCGCAUGAGAGAGAAGAGGGCCGACUUUGUGGUUGGCUCCCUCGGGGGCCACAUCGUGGCUAUUGGGGGCCUUGGAAACCAGCCGUGCCCUCUGGGCUCUGUAGAGGGCUUCAGCCUUGCGCGGCGUCGCUGGGAGGCACUGCCCGCCAUGCCCACUGCCCGCUGCUCCUGCUCCAGCCUGCAGACAGGGCCUCGACUGUUUGCAAUCGGGGGUGUGGCCCAGGGUCCUAGCCAAGCCGUGGAGGCACUGUGUCUUCGUGAGGGUGUCUGAAGGCCUUAUGGGGACCUUUCUGCUGGGGCAGCUGAGUGCCAGAGGCAGAUCGGUGUCUGCGGCCCCAUUUUGCUGCUGAGGAUCUUCCCCAUGGCUCUGUGGGAUGAGGGAGGUAUGCCUCAGGGACUGAGAGCACCUGUCUCUUUGGUUCACAACACAUAUGCUCACCCCCACAUCUGCCACCAUUCAUUCACACAAUGCCUAGUUCCACCCUUGCCCUAGAGCCUACCCUACCCUCUGUCCAGCUGGCCUCACGCCCUGAAGGGUGAAGGCCUACCUGGAGUUGACCAGGCAUACCUCGAGGGCUGUGACUGAAAACUUCCAGCUGUCAGCCUGGCCUGAGGGCCCCUGUAGACCUAGAAGCAUUCAGAGAGUGUGGGGGACACAGAGGGAAGGGAAAGGAGGAUGGAGGAACCACCAGAGGACCCCUGCUGGCUUUGUGACUUUAGGCAAGUCAUUUCACCUCUUUGUGCCUGGAAACGGGGAUGCUGAACCUCUCCUGUCCUACCUACCUCACAGGGCUGUUGUGAGGACCCAAGGAGCCCGGAUAUAGAAGUAAAAGUGCUGCUAAGA